AUGGGGUUGGAUCAGGGGGAGGAAAGGGAGGAUUUUGAUCGGGUUGAUUUGGUGCUUCCGGGGAAGCAACGGGAUCUGAUUAGUAGUGUGGCUAAAGCGGCUAAAAAACCGGUGAUUUUGGUGAUGAUUUGUGGUGGUCCGGUGGAUAUUUCGUUUGCUAAACGUGAUCCCAAGAUUGGUGGAAUCUUGUGGGCCGGUUAUCCUGGUGAAUCCGGUGGUAUUGCACUUGCGGAAAUCAUCUUUGGUGAUCAUAAUCCAGGAGGGAAGCUACCAAUGACAUGGUACCCAAAAGAGUUCGUGAAGAUACCAAUGACAGACAUGAGAAUGAGACCACAACCAUCCUCUGGUUAUCCAGGGCGUACGUAUAGAUUCUACACAGGCCGAAAAGUUUUCCUGUUUGGUUAUGGGCUCAGCUACUCAAAGUACACAUACGAAUUUGUAUCUGUCACACAAAACAAACUCUCCUUAACCCAAAUUUCAAGCACCGGUUCCACCCUUCAGAAUUCUGAUUCCGUUCAUUACACACCAAUCACCGACACCGAAACCGAAUCAUGUGAAAAGUCCAAGUUUUCAGCCACCAUCGGAAUCCAGAAUCACGGGGAAAUGGAAGGGAAACAUGCGGUUUUGCUGUUUGUGAAGCAAGACGGAAUUGGAAACGGAAAGGCGAGGAAGCAGUUGGCGGCAUUCGAGAGUGUGAAAACGAAAGGGGGAGAAGGGGUUGAAGUUGAAUUUGUGAUCAAUCCGUGUGAGCAUUUUAGAACAGCUAAUGAAGAUGGGUUGAUGGUGAUUGAGGAGGGGUCUCGUUAUCUUGCUGUUGGUGAUCAGCAAUAUGAGAUUAGUGUUUCAGCUUGAUGUUUAAUGGAUCUUCAAAUGGUCUGAUUCAAGCUAUUGUGCAUUGCGGUUUUUAUGUGGAGUUUUGUGGUUUGUUUUUAGAGCAAUGUACUUUGUGGAGGGAAACACGAAUACACGGUUGUUUAUUUAACAAUUCUAUUUUAGUAAUAUUUAAACCUAUGACGUUCUGUUAUUGACACAUUAAAUCGAAG